AUGACUAACCUUUUCAACACGCAUCCGAAGAACUACGGUCCGGGCAGUCACCAGUGCCGUGUCUGCUUCAACCGUCACGGCCUGAUCCGCAAGUACGGCCUGAGCAUCUGCCGUCAGUGUUUCAGGGAGCGCGCCAACCUCAUUGGCUUCUUCAAGGUGGGUGUACCUUUCCGCGUCUCCAUUGCGCUGCAGUACUGA